AUGCCGAAUCCGUCUCAGCUUUUCCUCCUUGCAGAUCACAUCAAACUCUCCCUUCUAGAGCGGCAACGCGCCAUUUCGCUAGACCUAGAACCCAACAGCCAGGACGGGGAGAUCUCCCGUUCUCUAGAAUCGCUACGAGAAGGCAUCGAGGCCGUCGAGGCGGAAUGUUCCAGACUCGAGAAUGCCAACGACGAGGAGGCCCCAGCCAUGAAAGACCAGCUGGGUCAUUUGCAGACGCAGUUCCGCGACCUGUCGACCCAGUUCCUGGGACAUGAUCCCUCCGAAGCCUCCGCCGAUCCGCUGGGCGAGCCGCAAUUCACCAACGUCAAGAAUUCGUCCCCCGACUUGAAACAGCCCAUUCCGCAGCACCCGCCGUCGAAGUCGGUCCGGUUCAUGGACUCGGCCGCCGAAGAGGAGGACCUGAACCGUCGCCACCUUUUCCAGCCGUAUCGCGACUCGCCGUCCCCGUCGGGGGUGGACCAGUCCGAAAUGUCCAACGAGCAGAUCCAUGAUCAUCAUUCCGACGUGAUGCGCGAGCAAGACGAGCAGUUGGAUCGCCUGGGAGAGUCCAUCGGACGGCAGCACCAACUCAGCAUUCAGAUCGGGGAUGAGCUAGAAGGCCAUGUUGCACUACUAGACGAUAUGGACGGCCACGUCGAGAGACACCAAGGCCGGUUGAAUGGCGCCAGGCGACGGCUCGACAAGAUCCGGAGGAGUGCGGGUGACAAUUGGAGUAUGAUGACCAUCAUCGGGUUGAUCAUCGUCUUGGUCAUCCUGAUCGUCCUGUUGAAGUGA